AUGAAGGUUCGAUUUGUUGGCACAAGAAAACAAGAUAGCGCUACGCGACGUCGCCGAGCCCUACAAGCAAAUCGUACACGAAACUACCGGCAGCGCCAGAAGGCAAGGGAGAAAACUGCCGCAAUAAAUUAUCAGGGCGAGCAAUUGUCAGACGCAGUUGACUCGGUGGCAGAGAACGAAGCAACAGGACCCGAGAGAGAUUCACCCCUCCAGAAUGAGGAGAUUGAAGAAGAUGGUACCUUUGCCUGCGAGAAUUUUACUAUCUCCAUUCAGGAAGUUGAUGAUUCCACAAUCAGCACUACCGAGGUAGAUCCAUACUAUGAGGAGGAAAUAGUUGACACCUCCCCCACUGAAGAAGACGAAUGUCAAAGACAGCCCCAAAGCCCACAAAACCAUAUUGGGGAAUCAGCCGACCUGGCUACUAACGAUGCCAACACUGAUGUAGAAUAUGCUACACAGAAGUUUAUUCAGCAGUUUCUCGCUGGUAUACAUGGCUGUAGUGCCCAGAGCCAUCGAGAAUCCCUGAUUGCUCACAUCGAAGCUGAGGGACCAGAAAAUCACCAUAGACUUGAUAGAUUAGUUGCCCCUGAUAUACCCCAUACACUUGAUAAAGAGUAUAUUCUCGCCGCUGAAACUGGCGACCAGACAACGGAGCUUAGUCCGGAUCAAUGGCGGGCAUUAUUUACCGGUUCCACAACCCAAGGCUCAGAUAAUAAACCCAAGCAGGUUUGCCUUCACGUCGAGCAGGCCCCUCAGACUCCACCUGGUAUUUCAUUCGAUGUCGAUAGCAUCUUGGGGUUUGUGGAUUCUCCGGCAGUUGCAACUCAUGGAAUUCGGUUUUAUUCCGCUCCUCAGUAUGGUCAGAAUAUCUCCACCGACGUCCACCUGACCUUGGGUCGUGCGGAUCCAGAUUCGGAGCGUCCCCGGUUGAUUCCGUCGCGACUGAGAGACGUGCCGCAUUUCAUCUUCGCGAGGACCGAAGGCGCUGAUUUCAUCACAUUUCACUUGUUCUUUCCGCAUUUACCAUGCUCCCAUGACUUCAAUAGGUUGACUGAUGAGCAGUUCUCACGGUGGUUCGAUGAUAUCUUCUAUCCCGCUGUCCGUCAGGUCUACGAUAUCGAUAGACUUCAGCACUUGCCAGCAAGUUAUCGUCACGCAUUGGCUACUUGCCGAGCUCCUCAGAGAGAGAAUCGUCUGCUCGAGACCUCGAACUACCAGGCCCAACUACAGAUGUCCUACUUUCUGUCACCGCAAGACUUCUCCCAUAUACGCAGCGACCGGCUGUACAUUGAUGUGGGUAAAGAGACCUGCCCAAUGCCUGAUGACGUUCCAUCACCUGAACCUCAGACAUACCUCUGGCGGCGCUGUUGCAUCCGUCACCACCUCAGUCAGCUCUAUGACGGGAAUAUUCCCAAGUCCGGCCAAAACUUUUACCAUGAGUCAAUGCUUCGAGAUACUGGCGCUAUGACUACGUUGACGCCUACUCAAGUAUUCUUGCUCAAAACGCGCCGCGUUUCGUCUUUUGGACCAAUCAGAGCCUUCAGAUUUCUACACCCAUUUGGGGGCUCAGAACGGGGCGCGUUUUUGUCUAUCGAUGUUUAG